AUGAUGCUCCUGGGCACCCAGGAGGUAUGGUAUGAUCCUGGACAUAGGGAACAUGUCAUCAGAGUGGGAACAAGGAAAAGUCAGCUAGCACGCAUCCAGACUGACAGCGUGGUGGAAAUGCUGAGCCAGAAGUUCCCUGAUGUUCAUUUUGAUAUUGUUGCAAUGUCUACAACAGGGGAUAAAAUUCUGGAUACUGCAUUAUCAAAGAUAGGAGAGAAGAGCCUGUUUACAAAGGAGCUGGAGAAUGCCCUGGAGAAAAAUGAGGUUGACCUUGUGGUUCAUUCGCUGAAGGAUUUGCCAACAACAUUACCUCCUGGGUUCACUAUUGGAGCUGUAUGCAAGCGUGAAAAUCCAUUUGAUGCAGUUGUAUUUCAUCCUAAACAUGCUGGGGCUAAGUUAAAAAGUUUGUCCGAGAACAGUGUAAUCGGAACAAGCUCUCUUCGUAGAGCAGCUCAGUUGAAGAAGAUGUUCCCUCAUUUAGUUUUCAAAGAUAUUCGAGGUAACUUAAAUACGCGCUUGAAGAAACUGGAUGAACAGGACCAUUUCAGUGCCAUCAUUCUAGCAGCUGCUGGUUUGCGCCGUAUGGGCUGGGACAGCCGUAUCGGUCAGAUCCUUUCUCCUGAGGAGUGCCUUUAUGCAGUGGGUCAGGGCGCUCUUGCUGUAGAGGUUAGAGCCAAAGACCAGAAUAUUUUGAACAUGGUGUCUGCCCUUCAGGAUCCUCAGACUGUUUUACGGUGUAUAGCUGAAAGAUCUUUCAUGAGGCGACUGGAGGGCGGUUGCAGUGUGCCUGUAGCUGUGAGUACAAUUCUAAAAGAUUCUCAGUUAUACCUCACUGGAGCGGUCUACAGCCUUGAUGGUUCCGAAUGCCUUAAGGAGACAAUGCAGAGAUGUGUCGUUUUCCAAAAUGAGGAAGGUGAAUGUCCGGAUGAUAAUGCCCAACAUGUGGGUAUUACAGCACUUGGAAUACCUCAUAAAGCUCAGGAAGCUGCAGAAUAUUUAGGAGCAGAUCUGGCGGACCUGUUACUAAGCAAGGGAGCCAAGGAGAUCCUAACCGUGGCUAGACAGCUAAAUGAUGCCAGAUAAUUCGAUAAUAUCGCUGCAGUUGAAGAAUAUAUGCCUCUUCGGUUUUGGGACAUGGAUAUCCUUAAAAGAUGGUGUCGUCUCUGUUUUGCCCAACUUUUUUCUUUUUACCACGCAUCACUGUUGUGAGAACGAUGAGGCUUUGUAUGU